AUGCCUACUUGGUGGGUGAGAAAAUCCGGCAAGAACAAAGACGAUUCUCACCUUCUCGACAAGAGUAUCAGAAGAUUCUCAACUGAUAACAAAAGCAUCCCUGAUCCCCCCACUCCUUCCCGCUGCACCCCUCGUUGCAAUCGCGAAUUCGCCGGAGCUUCUUGUUUCUCCGACGAGAAGAAAUGUCACCCUCUCCCUCUCCCUUCCCUCCCAACCGAUCAAGUAAACGGAUCCGCUUCUGUUUCCAGCGUUAGCUCAUCUGACUCAGCCGAAGAUCAGAGUCAACCCAGGGGACAUUGUGAUGUGAAAUCUAAUGGAGCAGCAGCUUCUUCAAAGGCAGGAGGAGGAACUAGACCGACUUCUCCAUUGCAUAACCGAGUCCCUGGCAUGAGUUUAGAGUCUUCCACUGGGAGGAAUGAUGAUGGAAGAUCCUCUGAGUAUCACCCUUUGCCUCUGCCUCCUGCUUCUCCUACUAGCCCAUCUGGUUUGCCGCUGGGUUCUCCUACGAGUCCUUCUGGUGUGCAAGGGUCUUGGAUUGUUGGAGGGUCUGAGGCUUCUUCUUUGGGGCUUUCCAAGUGGAAAAAAGGGAAAUUUAUAGGGAGUGGCACCUUUGGGAAAGUCUAUCAAGGGUUCAACAGUGAGAAAGGAAAGAUUUGUGCUAUCAAAGAGGUCAAGGUCAUUUCUGACGACAAGAACUCAAAAGAAAGUCUGAAGCAACUAAAUCAGGAGAUAAAUGUGCUGAGGCAGCUUUGUCAUCCAAAUAUUGUUCAGUAUUACGGAAGUGAACUGAGUGAAGAAACCUUGUCCGUCUACUUAGAGUAUGUGUCAGGUGGCUCAAUCCAUAAACUACUCGCGGAGUAUGGUGCGUUCACUGAACCUGUUAUCCAAAACUACACGCGGCAGAUUCUCGCUGGGCUUGCCUAUUUACACGGGCGGAAUACAGUGCAUAGGGACAUCAAAGGAGCAAAUAUACUAGUGGAUCCGAAUGGUGAAAUAAAGUUGGCAGACUUUGGGAUGGCCAAACAUGUCAAAGCCUAUUCUACUAUGCUUACUUUCACGGGGAGUCCUUAUUGGAUGGCACCUGAGGUUGUGAUGCACAAAAAUGGCUACACUCUUGCAGUCGAUGUGUGGAGUUUGGGUUGUACUAUUCUCGAAAUGGCAACAGCUAAGCCACCUUGGAGCCAGUUUGAAGGGGUUGCUGCUAUUUUCAAAAUCGGGAACAGCAAAGACUUGCCAGAAAUACCUGAUCACCUUUCAAAUGAUGCAAAGAAUUUUAUAAGACUUUGUCUGCAACGAAAUCCGACAGUACGUCCUACAGCUUCUCAGCUUCUAGAACACCCUUUUCUACGUGUACACUCACCGAGAGUGGCGGCUACUACUAGCAUACAAAAAGAUGCCUGCUCACGUCCCUACGAUGGAAUCUGCGCACUGCCUACAAGGGAACCACCUUAUUCAGGGAGACAUCCCGUCUUUCAUGCUAUAAAGAGCCCAAGCAGAGAAAACGUAAGAGCCAUUACAUCCUUGCCAGUAUCUCCAUGUUCAAGCCCUUUACGCCAACUUGGACCGGCAUACAAGAGUUCUUUCCCGUCACCUCAGCACCCGUCGUCUUACGCGUUUCGUGUGCAAGACAACCUAGCGGAGUUUCCUGGAAGCCCUUUCAGGUUCAAGAAAGACGCAUUGAUAGAACCAUCUAGUUACAAGGCUCAAACGCCGAAUUCACCCUUUAGAUCAAGACUGGUGUAGAAAAUUGAGAUCCCUCCCAUAAACUUGGGAUCUCCCCUGGUUUUGGCCUUCUCCUUCUCUAGACCUUGGAACUGUAGUUGUGUGUGGGAGAGAAUUAGAAGUGAGAUUAUUGGAACAACAAGUGGAGAGAAGUGCAAACUGGGGCAACAAAAAAAAAGAGAGAUGUAAAGAGCAACAUGAAAUGAUUACAAAGAUUAUAGAAGUUAAGUAAAAUAUAGUAAGUUGUGUUGUUAUACAAAUAUGAUAUUCAGUCACUUGUUCUUAGAAUCAGUCAGACUGGUGUUUGGCUUACAGUGUGAGAUAUUAUCCACUCAUGGGGAUAACAAGCAUCAGACAUAUUACUAAAAUACCAUAAAACGUAUUACCU